CGUUAGUUUUGCGGAGGACAAGAAAAGUUGAAGAAAGAGAUCACGAGUUGUAAGUGGAAGAUUGUCUUUCCUUGAUGGCGACGGUGAGGCCGACGCGUCGGCGUGUCUCAGUUAUAGUGUGAGCGGGACGAGUUGGGAGUGAUUACGAUUAGCUGAAGUUGCUGACGAGCUGGCGUCGAAAAACAAAAUCAAUACUACUAUGCUGCGGCACACAUUGUGCAAAGAAAGAUGACGAAGAGCUGCAGGACGGUCCUCCGAUUAUCCUUAUUCUUUGGCGUGCUCAUCACCUGCCGUUUCUUGUGUUUCUGGUUUGCCGCUUCCGGUCCGUGUGCGGUAUUCGAACGCCGUGCGGUAAAAGCACGAAGCGCAAGCACCAGGCAAGCCGAUAUUGUUGCUGGCGUGCGCGCUCCGGCUCCCGCUCCCGCUCGCCCUCCAGCAGUAGAACAAGUUGCAGAAGCUGACAGUUCUUCGUUCUACAUCAGUCUCGCCCCUGGCUUGAUUUUCACAGAGGUGGUAGAGGAUUUCGAGGAGGAUGCGAACCUAUUGGCCGCAGCGAGAAACGCGGCGAAGCCGACAAGCGACACGAAAAGCAUUGAUCUUUCGAACACGGAAAACUCGUCGGGACGACCUGCAAAUUCAGAAGAGGUCAUCGAGGAGCGCGUUCUCUUGAUCCAGUUUCUAAAUGCUGGGUUUCUUUCGAUGACGAAAAGUUGGAUCUGUAAUGUUGAAAGACUAGCCACCUCUUCUUCGGACUCUGCCAAUGUCCACAGACAUAAGAUUCUGGAUCGCACCCUAUUCGUUGCCACAGACGAAAAGGCAUUCGAGGGAUUGCACCAAUUCAAACCUGGCGGAAGCGGCGCUCUCAACGUUUUUCGUUCACAUACUGCAAGCGAAAUCUCCAAGGCUUCUCUCGAGUACGGAAAAUUUGGCUACUUUCGUCUUAUGGAAUGGCGCACGAAAACGCUACGCUCCCUGCUAACAAAGCUGAACGCGCCUGCACUUAUGAGCCCGAUAGGCAGUCGGCGCAAUAAGAGAAGGAUGCAGGAGCUGGGGGCAACUGCAACGGAAAGAAAACAGCAAAGCGGAGAGAAUCAACAUCAGGAUAGAGGGGAAAGAAAAAACAUUCGCCACAGUAUUUUUCUAAUUGAGUCCGAUGCGGUGUGGCUGCGCGACCCGCUUCCGUACAUCUUCCAGAAAACAGACAAGAAGAAGUCGGCAUUUCAGUUGAAUGGAAGCGACAUUAUUGCAAUAAACGACAGCGGUCCUGGGGAACGUCCCAUGGCAAACGGGGGAUUCCUCUUACUGCGGGGAACCGACAACACGAUCCGUCUGUGGGAAGCGCUCACUGCUCUACAAGAACGCAAACUUGACCGCGCCCGCUAUCAAGUGGAAAAGACGAGCGUCUUCGUCGCCCCUCGCGCUCGAACGCUCCAGCCAUUUUUAUUGGCGAAGCCGAAGUCAAUUUAUGUCAAGCUGCUAAGAAUCACAGCAAAACCAAUAAUCAAUGAAGUUUGUAGUUGGCUGAUCGUUGUAUCAGUCUGGUGAUUCUGUAUUGCAGCCGAAUGAAAAUAAACACUUCCUAUCCGUAUCCGCAAACACCUUGCAGAUAUAAAUAGCCUGGCUUUAUUGCGCAGCGCCCCGAGGUCUUCAAAUGCGUAGUGGUUCUUGUUCUGUUGUUAUGCUACAAGAACUCCAUCUGGUUUUAUCCUCGCCUUGAAUUGCAAUUCUUUCACUGGGUGCUUCAGGGAGUCGCGAAGGGGUACAUUUUCAUCUUGACACGGUCGUUCGAUCGCGCCGGCAGUCUAGCAAGGCUAUCGAGGAUGGUGGCAACGAACAAUUGAUGUUGAAGUCGCUUCUCGCAUCGCCGGCGUUUAGUACCAGCACCAAGCUUCGGCUGCUACCGGGGGAUCUGUUUCUCCCCGGAAAAAUGUGGUACGACAAUCCGGCCGUUCCAGACAAGAGCCUAACAGUGCCGCGAGUAAAAAUCACAUCGUCCUCCAAGGCAUUUACAAGCAGUACGGGUAAUAUUACAGGAGGAACAGGAACAAGAGGCGGGACAAAGCCUUAUGUCAUCUUGAACAACUGGAUUAGAGGGGUGAAGAAAAAGAUUGACCGUGCUCAGAAGCAUCAGCACUGGUUUUACGAUGAAGAGAACGAUCGCUGUCUUCACACAUAUCUUUGAACGUGCGGCGCGUUCUUGAGACUCGGUCUCAU